UGCAUCGUCUUUCCCUCUUCCCCGUCAGCCGCUUCCUGCGCUGGGCCAAACCAUGGCCCGCUACCUGCGUUCGCUGGAGCCCCUGGUGAGCCUUGAGGAGCUGGAGCAGACGCAGGAACUGGUGACGGAGUUCGAGGCCCCAGGCGGAGAAGGGGAGAGGCUGCAGGCCCGGCUGGAGCGCAGGGCGGCACGCAUGGAGAACUGGAUCACAGAUUGGUGGGUCCAGUCGGCCUAUCUGGAAAGCCGCCUGCCCCUGGCUGUCCAUUCGAGUCCAGCGGUUGUGCUCCCAAAGCAGGAUUUCAAUGACUGGAGAGGACAGCUGAGGUUUGCAGCAAAACUCAUUGCAGGCAUGUUGGAUUUCAAGGCAAAGAUUGACCACCAGACUCUGCUGGUUGAAUAUUCCCGCGGCUACCCUCUCUGCAUGGACCAGUAUUCUCGGCUCUUUGCCUCGUGCCGACUUCCAGGGCCAAAACAUGAUUCAGUUUUGCUGCCUCCCCCGGGACGGAGACCACCAACAUACAUUACUGUAGUCCGCAACUUCCAGUUCUUCCAGCUUGAAGUGUACAAUAGCGAUGGGACCCCUCUCACCGUGGACCAGCUACAUUGGCAGCUCCAGAGAAUUCGUGCCCAGUCUUGGAAGACGGAUAAGGAGCCCUUGGGCGUUCUGACCAGCGAUCAUAGACACACAUGGGGACAGGCCUAUACCACUCUCAUGCGAGACAAGCUGAACCGGGAGUCUGCGCGUGCCAUUCAGCGCAGCCUCUUUACUGUUUGCCUGGAUGCCCCGGUCUUGAAAGUGUCGGACGCUCGGGCUUCAAGUCGACUGGCGGCACAGAUGUUACAUGGUGGCGGGAGCUACUCCAACAGUGGCAAUCGCUGGUUUGACAAGACCCUGCAGUUCAUUAUAGGAGAAGACGGCUCCUGUGGGGUGCUUUAUGAGCAAGCCGUUGCCGAGGGGCCCCCGAUUGCCACAAUCAUCGACCAUGUCCUUGAUUACUGCAAAGAUCCGGUCACUGUCCGCGCACCAUUGAUUCCCCUGCAAUUGCCUAAGAAGCUCUACUUCUGCUUCACUCCAGAAAUCAAACGUGAUAUUGAACAUGCAAAACAGAAUCUGGACAUCCUCAUUACUGACCUGGAUAUCAGCUGUUUCACUUACCGCGGAUUUGGCAAGGAACUUCUCAAACGUAAUCAACUGAGUCCAGAUUCGGUCCUACAGGUGGCGCUGCAGUUGGCCUACUACAGGGCACAUGGGGAGCUGUGUGCUACCACUGAGUCAGCCUCUCUCCGCCGCUUCCACCGAGGCCGCACAGAAACCAUCCGUUCCACUACCUCAGCUGCGUUGGCCUUUGUCCAGAGCAUGUCUGAUGACAACUGUCAGGCCCCAGAAAGAUUAUCUCUGCUGAAAAAAGCCGCCGAAGUCCACAGCACCCUCACAGAGCAGGCUCUGGAUGGGCAAGGCAUUGACCGCCAUAUGCUGGGACUCAAACUCGAGGCUAUUGCUGAUGGCUUCCGGGUGCCAGAGCUUUUUAUGGACACUUCCUAUGCUGUAGCCUCAUAUUGGAAACUCUCCACAGGACAGGUGGCGGCCCGCACGGAUUGCGUGAUGUGCUAUGGGCCCCUGGUGCCUGACGGCUAUGCUGUCUGUUACAACCCACUCCCAGCUCACGUUAACUUUGCCGUCACUGCCUUCAACUGCUGCCAGGAGACCAAUGCUGAGCGUCUGGCUGGAAACAUCCAGAAGGCCCUGGAUGAUGUGGGGGUCCUGCUGGGGAACAACGAAGGAGGAAACAGUGAGAAACCAUCGUGAGGAUCACUCCAUAUCACCAUUUCUGAACCUCAGGCCCAGCUGUGGCUUACAGAGUAUAUUCCUUUUCCUUCUGACUCUCUUUGUCAUCUCUAAAUUUGGUAGACCUCAGUCUCCAGAUCUGCACACUCCUUUUGCUUUGUGCCAAAGCUUGUUACAUGUCCUUCAGCCCGUCCUGAUGACACUCCUUAACUACAACUCCCUUUGUAACAUACUUAGGGAACUUUCAGGAAAACACUCCUCUCUUAUUUUGAUUUUUUUUACAGAGUCUUAAUUCGAAACCAAAUCUAAUUUAUUAUGAGGUUGAACAAAGAAAUAAAGGUUCUUGCAGGGAAAAAA